GAACAGGAGGUUAAAGGAGAGGCUUCAGGAGGCAGAGGAAUACAUUGAUGUUCUUCAGACACAACACCAGCUUGUGAGCAAUCUACUCGAUCAGCAACGAAUACCUUUCCCAUACUCGAUGCCAUUGACUUGGAAAGCCUACAUGGAGAACAAAACGGCUAAAAUGGAGGAAGAAAUUCGGUCUUUGAAGAAAGAAAGUUUAUUAAAGAAAAUUGCACUGGAUACUACAGAGGAAAGAUGCAAUGAGCAAGACGAGCAAGUAAGAAAACUAGAGGAGGAUGAGAUUAACCUUCGGAGAGAGACUUCAGAUGUUCAGAGAGAGUUGUGGGAUUUAAAACUACUAGUAAAACGGGAAGCCGGUCAGUUCUCUCUGUUUCAAAAGAAUCACACACUGGACAAUUUUUCUAUUGCCUCACUUCCAAAUCUUUAUUUCACGGACUUAUAAUACGAACAAUCUAGAACUAGAAUGAUUUUACUCAGUCACCAAACUCCCAUUCUAACCACUUCUCAACAGUGACGAAAAUUACUGUAAAACAAGAAACCCUUUUUUACCUCUCCCUUCUAUAACUUGCACGCUAGUUUGAUAACACACUAUAAAGUAAUUUUUGAAGAUCGUCAUAACAUUAAACGAACUCGUAUAUUAUCAAAA